AAUAGUCUUAUAUUUGCAUUUAGAAUUCUUAUUGAAUCUUUAGGUCUUACCUAGAUGGCAGGUGUUGAUAAUGAAGUUCUUAUUAUUGAGAAUAAUGAUGAGGCUUCUGUUUGGACUCAAAAGCAUGAAGAAAUUUUCAUUGAACUUAUGGAAGAAGAAGUGUUAAAGGGAAAUAAGAAUACCACAACCUUUACCAAGCAAUCAUGGAAAUAUAUAAAGGAGGAGCUUUGUGGACUAGCAAAAAGAAAUUAUAGUGAUAUGCAACUAAGGAACAAAUACAAUCAAUUAAAGCAAAAGCAUAAGGAUUUUAAGUCUUUACUAAAAGAGACUGGUAUGGGAUACAAUGCAGUGACUGGAGAAGUUAGUGCGACAGAUGAAGUUUUGGAUAAACUUAUUCCGGUUAACAAGUCUGCUAAAAGAUUUAGAAAGAAAGGUUGUAAGUUUUAUGAGAAAUUAUGCACUAUCUUUGGUGAUACUCCUGCAAUUGGUUCCAAUGCUCAUCCUUCAACUCGAAGUCCUUCUAAUGAUGAUGAUGAAACGUCGAUAAGUCCUUCUACUAUGAAUGAAGAAAGUGGUUUUGAUGAGGAUGGUAACAAAAGAAGAGGUAAAUCAACAGCCACUUCAAACUCUCGAUCAGUAAAAAGAGCAAAGUUCUCAUCAGCUUUGGCAGAUGCACUGGCAACAUAUAAUGAAACUGCAAAGCGAAAGAUAGAAUUGAUAGAGAGAUCAAUGGCAGCAUCUGUAUCACAUUACUUAUUGGAUGAGAGUGUUGAAGCUCUUAAUCAAAUUGAUGGAAUUAGUGGAGAAGUAUACGCAAAAGCUAUUGAGAAGUUUGAGAACGAGGUGUCCAGAGCAUUGUUUCUAAAGAUGCCAGAGCAUAGAAUAAUAGAUUGGUUGCUGAAUUUGAAGUGAAAAAGUUUAGACUUUGUUUAGCUAUGAACAAGAUGACUUUAUUUAGCUAUUAACUUUAGUUUUGUUUAGCUUUUGACUGGAUGACUUUGUUAAGCUAUUGACUGGAUGACUUUAUUAAGCUAUUGACUGGAUGACUUGUUAGAUAUUGACUG